AUUUGUUUGAUCCGACCAUUAUUGGUUUUUUUUAUAAAUCCUAUUUCAAUAUAUACACCUCUGAUAUAAACCUAUAAUUAUAAAGAACGAUUUGAAGUGCUACAACUUUUUGAAGAAAUACGGAUUAUUAUAAAGCAGAUUUUAGAAGAUAAACAAGAUGUCGUCAUAUCCUCCGCCUCCUCCGCAGUAUCAGCCACAACCUAAUCAAGUAAACCCCCAAGCCUAUCCUCCGCCUUACGGACAGCCGCAGAUUCAGCAGCAAUCUAACGUGGUAGUCAUAUCCCAACCUGGUGUGCCACGUGGCACUGGAAAUUGUCCACAUUGUGGUAUUGGUUUUGUGAAAACUAACUACACACUGCUAGGAUUUCUUAUUUUACUAAUAUUUUUCCCGAUUGGAAUUAUAUGCUGUCUCCUGAUGACAGAGAAACGAUGUUCACAUUGUGGAGCCAAGUAUUAAAACAUGCCCGUCACUCAUCCAUAUCAAAUAUCAUGUUACAUCUCGAGACCUUACAGCUUCCAUUGUCAACAAUUAAGAUAAAUGGCUGUGAAGAAAUCUUUGAGAUUUUAAUAGCCCCAGUUUCAACUUCUUCAACAUUUUACAAUCAACAAAGAAAGCUAAAUGUAUGAUACCAUUUUUGACUUCUAUUUAUUUGUUAACCAAUCAACAGAAAAUAAAUAUCGAUGUUGUGGAAUCUUUGAGAUUUCCAUGAUAUUUUAGUCAUCCGUAAAACCAUUUAUCAUUUUACAAUCGAAGAUUAUGUGCCAUGACUGUAGAGAAAUCUUUAUGAUUUCUAUGAACUUAUAUGAGACUUCUGAGAAACUAUUAAUCAAAUCAAUAAUUGAAGAUUAAGUUCAAUCAACAAUUUGAUACCGGUAGCUAACACUGUAACAUUUUUUCUGUGAUUUCCAUGAUGCAGAUAUUCUAGAUUUUCUAUGGCUCAAUGAAAUACAUAUAUUCAAGAUUCCUAACACCAUAAGAGAUUUCAGAAUUCUUAGACGUCAUUUCCUCAUUUCCUUGUUAUUUAUCAACUGAUGAUG